CCAGUCACCUGGGCAAUGCAUCGCGGGUAAUAAACUCACCGAACCCCCUACGCCCGAUUAACCGCCAAUGUCACAUUUCAGCUUGACGACUCCGCGAUCUGUACCUUAAUCUGGACCCGUGUGUGCGGCUCUCUGCCACAUGAUAACGUGUUAUGGACGACAAAAGCUCCCCAUCAACGUCUACGAUCGAGCAGACUUUGAUAGGGACAUGGGAUGCCGAUCCUUCGUUGGUAGUGACCAAGGCCGCAUGGAAUGGUACUGCGCUGUCGGCUGACAGUUGGUAUAUCUGGGAUGGAGAGGCAAGCUUCAAUAAGAAGACAAUAAUCCGACUGGCCUUUGUCAGUCGGAGUCAGCAAUCGGGGGAAUCGAAGCCGGUCCUGGGUGCUCUGUCGCGGACCGUGACCGCGGAUUAUGCAUGGUCCGAGCCAUGGCAGGAUGACCUGAAGGAACUAUCAGGUUCGCUCAACUGCAGUCAAAACACCAAAUUAGUGAUAAAAGUAUCCCACAAUGGUACCGGACUAGGUUCAGACUUGAAAGAGAUAUCAAACUCAUGGUUUAACCUCCUGUACCGGCCAGAGAUCGAAGGAGCCGUAGAAGCUCCCAUUCUCUAUCUGAUAUCUCCGUCCGGUGCCGAGAUCUCCAGCUUCGAUACCAGUCACGAGCAAUACGUGCUUGCCAGAACCCCCGUAGGCCACGGGGUUCACCGUAGGCACCUUCUCCAUUGCGUCUGUCCCGUUUGGUGACCUGAUAUUGCCAACAAGCGUGUCAGCGGGACUGCGUUCAACGAGAAUGUCGAAGAUCACGACGAGCUUGUGGAAUAACACGUG